UCGGAGCGGGACUCUGACAGCUGAAUGAGCCGCUCGCUUCACGCUGAACCACUUUCGGUUUGAAGUCGAGCUGUCCGCCGGCCUGCCGUCGCCGCUCCACGCUCCCCGGUGAGUGUGGUCGACACCGACUCCGUGGACAACCCCACCCCAGGAAAGCUGCCGCCGCGCCGGGAUCAUGUUGAAAUUACGCAGCGCCGCACUUUGCCUUUGUUUGUGGGUUUUGUUGGGAACUUGUUCGCCGGCGGACGCAGAAGACCCGGACGAGGAUGUGUUCACCAUUCGGCACUCAACCUCAGGAAUGUGUCUGGGGGCCGGGUCCUCGUCGGACGUGAUCCUGGCCGCCUGUGACUCAAACAGCAGGUCCCAGCUGUGGAAAUGGGGCUCCAGGUCCCGGCUUUACAACGUGGACGCGUCGCUCUGCUUGAUGAUGGACGUCCAAACCAAGACGCUGUCUCUGGCCGACUGCGAGUCCAGCCUGUUGUUGCUGUGGCUCUGCCAGGACCAAACUGUUUACACGGCUUAUCAGAUGUUCCUGGCGGCCAGUGGAGGCAAAGCCGUCGUCAAACCGCUGGCUAAUGACACUUGGGUAAGAGGAGGAUCUCAAGAAAGCAUCUGCCAGAGGCCUUAUCGCGUUGUUUACACCAUCAACGGGAACUCUGCGGGCAUGCACUGCGAAUUCCCCUUCAAAUACAACGGCAGCUGGCAUCACACGUGCCUCCCCGACGCAGAUUUCCCCGGACUGUCGUGGUGUGCCACCUCCUCAGACUUCGACCAAGACGGACAGAAGGGACACUGUCUCAAACCCGAGAAAGGCUGCCACACUCUGUUCUCGGGUCCAGAGGGGGACUUCUGCUAUGAGUUCGUCCCAAACGCUGCGGUGAACUGGCACCGGGCUCUGGAGUCGUGUCGCGGUCAGGGAGGCGACCUGCUCAGUCUGUCCGAAGCCGACAAUCUCAACUCCUCCACAUGGCUGGACGGCCUCCAGAGGAUGCCCAGCAAGAUGUGGAUCGGCCUCCAUCAGCUGGACUCCUCUCAGGGCUGGCAGUGGUCGGAUGGCUCCCCUCUGUCCAUGUUACGCUGGGAAAAAGAAAUGCCGCCCUCCUCCAGCAUCGUUGAGUCCGACUGUGGAGCCCUGAACUCCGAUAUGAACUACGAAGCUCACCCUUGCAGCAAGGGGCUUCCCUACAUCUGCAAGAAGCGCGUCAACGCCUCCGACGCAGCUGCAACAGAGUCUCUGGUGUAUCAAGAAACUAAGUGUACCGAAGGUUGGAUCCCGUGGAACGGCUGGUGCUACAAGUUGGUGAAGGACAAACCACAAAGUUAUCUGGAUGCCCAGGAGCACUGCCUCACCUCGGAGGAAGGAGCAGUUUUAGCCAGUUUCCACUCGGUUGACAGCAAAGAGAUGAUCAGCACCAAUUUUCAUGGAGAUGGAAAUUUCUUGGACGUGUGGAUUGGGAUGAUAGGCGUCGGUGCGAAUCCCACCGUCUUCAAGUGGCACGACGGAUCACCUGUCACUUUCACCUUCUGGGACGAAAACCAGCCACUGCAGCCUGAACAGAAUAACAGCUGUGUUUUGUACUCUGGAAAGUCUCAUGCUUGGCGAGUGGGGAGUUGCGCUCAGAGACUCCCCUUCAUGUGUCAGAAGAAAGGAACGCUUCAGGAAUCGACGACACCGGACGGAUGUAACUUUGAUGAUGGUUGGAGGAGACACGGAAACUCCUGCUAUAAAGUGGACACCACGCUCGUGUCCUUCAAAGACCGUUGUAACAUGACUAUUCGUAACAGGUUUGAACAGGCGUUCAUCAACCGUCUGCUGACGGAGCACAUGGGCCAGAACCGGCAGUAUUUCUGGAUCGGGCUGCAGGACGUCAAUGACACAGGCAAAUACCAGUGGAUGAGCAAAGAGGGGUCCCCGGCAGUGGUGACCUACACCAACUGGGGCAGGCUUGAACCAACCCGGGAUGGAGGCUGUGCGGUCAUUUCCACAGCGAAGCCUCUGGGCAGGUGGGAAGUGAAGAACUGUACGGUUUUCACGGCUGGCACCAUUUGUAGGACCGACCUCGGUCCGCCUCCAGCCCCAGAUCCCGAGCCGGACGUCAACGCCAGCUGUCCGGAUGGAUGGGUGUCCAGACCAAACAUUAAAUACUGCUACAAGGUGUUUCAUAAGGAAAGGGUGACGAGGAAACGGACGUGGGAGGAGUCCAGGAGAUUCUGUCAGGCUCUGGGCGCCGACCUGACCAGCUUCACCGACGGCACGGAGAUGAGGGCUCUGCACAGCAUCGUGAGAGAAACAAUCAGUGACAAUCGGUUCUUCUGGGUGGGGCUGAACAGGAGAAAUCCAGCCCUGCGGUCCUGGGAGUGGAGCGACUCUCGGCCGGUGUCUAUGGAUAUCUUGCAUCAAAGUUUCCUUGAUGAUGAUGAACACAGUCGGGACUGCACUGCUUUCAAGACAAUGAGGAGCUCUUUGAAACACCUAUUUGUGUAUCUGAUCCACGAUAUCCCGGCCAUGCCUUUCUACGCCACGCCGUUCAGCUGUGACACCCAGCUGGAGUGGGUCUGCCAAAUCCCCCGAGGAAAGCAACCAAAAACCCCUGAUUGGUACAAUCCAGCUGGACACCACGAGACCUCCAUUUUUAUCGACGGAGCAGAGUUUUGGUUUGUGGAUCAGCCGAAGCUGACUUAUCAGGAAGCAAAGAUCUAUUGCAAAGCCAGAGACAGCAAGCUGGCUGUCCCUCUUGGGUUCUCUGCAAUCGGACGCAUCAACCAGUACCUGAAAAGUCUGCAGGGGUCACAGAAUCAGAGGUGGUGGGUCAGCACCGAGCCGCUCGGACGAGUCAUCCCCACCUUGAGAACAAGGAUGUACCUUUAUAAUUCCCAAUUCCUUGGGCGAUGCAGUGUCAUCAGCGCAGAUAAUCUGAUUCCAGAAUAUGUGCGUUCCUGCCAGCAGCGGUUGCCCUUCGUGUGUGAAAAAGUCAACGUCACAUCGGUGGAGAGAAACCCUCUGGAGCCUCAGCCUACAGGCCGGCCCUGUGCAAGCAACGCAGUGCACUUCAGAAACAAGUGCUACGUUAUCAUGUCAAACCCGAAACCUGUGACAUACAAGUAUGCCUCCGAGUUGUGCCUGUCAGUGGCAGGAACCCUGGUCUCCAUCUCCGACCAGGUGGAGCAAGACUUCCUUAACACCCUCUUGCCAGGCAUAAGGAACAAGCAAAAUAUUUGGAUCGGUCUAAAGAUGCAACGGAACGACCCUGAAUGGGAAGACCAAACGCCGGUCUCCUUUGCCAAUUUCAACCCUCUGCUCCUCGGCAUGCACAAGGCUAUCAGAGUCAACAGAUUUGAUGAAGAGAGUUUGGAGUUUUGUGUGUAUAUGGUCAACAACCCGAGCUCUGGCAUGCUGGGGACCUGGGACUACUCCUCCUGCACGGAGCCCAAACACCUGGCCGUGUGCCAGUACUAUGCAGAUAAAGUGGAGGACGCCGACGUCAGAAUCGACCCUUUCCUCGUCAACAACCACACCGUCCGCCUGCUGGUCCAGAACCUCACCUGGCCCGAGGCCUCGGAAGAGUGCAAGCGCCACAGCAUGGAGCUGGUCAGUGUGGCCGACACGCUCAUCCAGUCCACUCUCACCGUGCACGUGAGUCGUGCACGAAUCCCCAUGUGGAUCGGCCUCUUCAGCGAAGACGACGGCCUCCACUACCACUGGGCUGACCACAGCCACACCGUGUUCAGUCGCUGGUCGUCUUCUGCUACCAGAGGCUCGUGCGUUUACCUCGAUAUAGACGGGUUUUGGAAGGCAACGGUGUGUGAAGAGACUCUCGGAGGAGCCAUCUGCCAUAAACCAGACGAGGAAAUCCCCAAACCUGAGGAUGUUGCAGUGAGGUGCCCCCAUAAAAUUAAUGGCCCGAACUGGAUCCCCUGGAAAAACAACUGCUACUCCUUCCAGAUGACCGCCUCCAGAUGGGACAGGUUCAACCAAGGACAGAUUCAGGACAUGUGCAAAGACCUCCAUUUAAAAGCAGAAAUCCUUUCCAUCCGAAACGAAGAGGAGAACACGUUUAUCCAGAGUCAGCUCCGGCCUUUUCAAUCUCUGGUCCAGUUUGUCUGGUUGGGAAUUCUCAAAGACGACAACGAUAACCUGACAAAGUGGUAUGACGGUACCAACGUCCAGUUCUCCAACUGGGCCAGAGGCCGACCGGAUUUAGACGAACCGUUCAUGGCCGGACUCACCACUAAUAGCUACUGGAUUCUCAUCUCAGAAAAACGUUUUCACCCUGAGUUCAAACAGAAGGCGAUAGUGGCCUGCAAAUUGGAUAAUGACGAUAAAGCUGAGUUCAACCGCUCAACCAAGGAUUAUGAAAACUACGGGAGCUUGCGCUAUGAAGUAGUGACUCGGAAGCUGAAUUGGUACGACGCCGUAGAGACGUGCGGUCAGCUGGGAGGUCACCUGGCCAGCGUCCAUGACAUCCAGCACAACGCACAUCUGAAGCUCAUCGCCAAAACGGAUGGCUUUCCACUGUGGAUUGGUCUGUCGAGUCAAGAUGCCAAAGCCUCCACCUAUGAAUGGUCUGAUGGAACAAAGUUUGACUACAACACCACCAUCACGGACAGCUCCAUCCCAAGCAACCAGCCGGGUCGCUGUGUUUAUAUGAACUCUGCCGGGGUCUGGUUGAGGACGGGCUGCCGUAAUGUGAUAGACGGGGCCAUCUGCUACACCACCAACAUCACCACCUCUUCCCAAAGAGCCAUCCAGCAAGCUGCUCCAGAAAACAACCGAUGCCCUCAGAGCAACGGAGCGUCCAAGUGGGUUCAGUAUGAAGAUCACUGCUAUGCUUUUGACAAGAGCUUGUACAACUACAAUGUGUACGGCAUGGAGCAGGCCAAGGCCCUCUGCCAGCAAAUGGAUGCUGAACUUCUGACCAUCAAAACCAAGGAGGAGAAUGAGUUCUUGUCAAAGUAUAUAUCAGACGACCCCCUCAUCACCAGCAGAGUGUGGCUCGGAAUGACUGUAGAUGAUCAGGGUAAGCCGGUGUCUUGGCAGGACGGCUCGAACCUGGCUUACGUGAACUGGAAGCCCGAGCCGUUCCCCGUCGGGAAGAUGGCGGAGCCUCAAUGCGCCGUCAUGAUAGCCGGAGGCGAAGGACUCUGGAACCUGGUUGGCUGCAAGUCCAGCAGCAGUCGCGUCGUUUGUAAAACCAGAACAAAGUCGUCAGGAACUGCAGUGGCGCUGGGUCUCUUCAUCGUGGUCUUCCUCGCUCUGCUACUGUCAGUCGCGUUUUACAUCUACAAGAAGAAGAAGUCGUACUUCACGUCAACUGUCCGCUACAAGAGGACCUUUGAUGAACUGGACACCAGUAUAAUAACGGAGACGGAGUGAGCGGUCUCAGGGAGGGUUGGUUUGGCUGUCGUGGGUUCAUUUUAGAUCUUUAAAUUUUGAAAGAGUGCAGUCUUAUUCUGAUCUUCCUUUAAAUUAUUUAUUUAUCCCGCUUGAUCCUCAAAAUUAUUUGGGAUGGAGUGUAAAAUUGUAAAUAUGGUUUUGAGAUUUGUGAAUAUCUGCUGAUUCAGUUUCUUAAAUCUGGGGUAAUUUUUCUUCUUUCUUUUUUUUUUUUUUCUAAGAGCAUCGUGUUGUAAUAUUUAUUGAUCAGGCUGGUUCCAGCUUAUAAAUGGGGAAAUCUCUGAUCAUGGAGGGAUUGAUCUCUCGAAGAAUAUGCAACUUUACCAACUGUGCUCUAUUUGACUGUAACGGGUCGAAAUUGCGCCUAUGUCUCAGUGGUGUUAAGCAUUCACGAACAAAAUGUGUCGCCUGUGUUGAAUUCAUUAUCAUUAAUUUCUCUGAAGGUUGUUGGGUUGAUUUUGGGUUUUUUUUUUCCAUUGUAGCUUCUUCCCAAGAAGGUCAUUUGAAAAUGCAAAAAAAAAAAAAAAAAAAAAAAAAAGCUGCUUCUUGUUGACUUUUGAGUUAUUCAAGUAGCUUUACCUUCAGAUCCUCAUUAACACUCCUGGAUGCUUCAUAACUGACUGCAACAAAUUUGUUAUUAGUGAGAGCUACUGUUGGAGCAAAACCACUGUAGUUUAAGGAAAUACAUCAGUAUUUUUGUUGGGAUAUGAUUUUUAAUGAAUGUCCUUCUGAACCGUGCCUUCCAACAUAAUUACACCUGACAGAAAAAUUUUUACAGUGGGGUGCUUUCUGUUUUUAAAAAUCACAACUUCAUGCCUGUUCAUCAACUCAAAGUGUGUGUGUGUGACACUGGCUUGGUUUCAGCAGUAAUCAGACGCCUGUUUUCAGAUCCGGUAAUUAUAGCUAUGCACUGAACUAUGGUGACGAACGCACUUUAACAUGUUGUGAAAAUGUGGUUAAGUUUAAGCACAAUGCCAAUUGAAGAGCUUUCAGAUUGCACUGGCGUUUGCUAUUAAUGCUCUGUAAAUAUGUGAUGUUUGUUUUUAUUACUGAGAACGAACCAAAGAUGCUCCGAGUGGGUCGGAUGUCGGGAGCCUCAGCUUUUCCCUUUCGGUUUGAGGAACUGCCUCAGGGUGGUUUUGUUGAUUUGGUGAUAUUAAUUUACAAACCUGGUUUCUUUUUUUAAACGUCGCUCCUGCAGAUUAAUCAGCUCAAAUCAGGUAGAGCGUCCUUACAAUAAAGUCUUUUUUCAAUUUUUU